CAUGCUUCCUCAAACACUUUAAUGGAAGGGAGGAAAAGUGAGUAGCACUGAGUGAGUCUUGGCACUGAAAAAGAUGAGUAAAAUCAUUGUUUUAUUAAUUUUAAUGGAGAGAGGGGCUGUAUAUGACCUGGGACAGGGGCUCUAUAGCAUUUUUAUUCCUAAAGCUUUAGUGUUCCUUUAAUAUAUAAUAGAAAUUAUUGAUUGCAAUUGUUAUUUUUUAAUGAAAUACUUACCCCUUCUUCAUGCGCUAUCCCAGUCACUGUCUCUCUGGCUGUGUGGGUGUUGGGAUGCGUAGCAGCUCUACUCUAAGCAGAACAGAUCUCUAUAAUUUCGGAUUGCCAAGAUAUAGAACUAUAAUUCUGUAAUUCAUUUAUAAUAAGGAAAGGGGGGCUGUAUCAGCAAUAGUACCCAUAAUACGGCUGUAAUGCAAAUUCAUUUAUCUGCAAGAAGAAAUAUAUAUAUAUAUAAAAAUAAACUAAAUUAAAAAAAUUAAGUCAUUUGAAGAAACAAUAAUUUUAGAAACAAAUCAUAAAGAAAAAUAAAAACCAAGGACAAAUCAUGCUCCGUUAAAGAUGAUGUAAGAAAUAUAUAGGGUUAUUUUAUUUUUUAAAGAAAUGUACAAUGUGCUUUAAAAUAGGUAAUUUAGGGCUUAGAAUCAUUGGUCCUUACAUUUAAUUCUGCACACAGAUCAUACAAACACAAUUCAAUAUUUAAGCUGUAUACCAGAACCUAUUUUUUUUCCCCAAGUCUUUUUGUCUUGUAUGGUGGUAAAAAAAAAUAAAAAAGCCAUACAGUGGUGACAUCAUUUUUUGCCUAUAUGCAGUGAGUUACUCAGGAAGACUCUGCUUCUCCAGAAGAUGCUGUCCAAUCACAGCACUCGCUGGCCUGGCCAAUGAGAAGGCUUAGAGGUGAUGUCAUGGGGAGAGUCUGGCAGUGAUACUGAUGCUGAGGCUGUGUCUAGGAGAUUUAAUUCAGGGAGUUGAGCUGAAAGGACCACACCAGACUCCAAGGGAAAGGUGAGCAGACAAUAUCUUUCUAUAUAAUAAUGCAUUGGGGGAUAAUUAAAUAAUAUCUCAUCUCAGGGAUGGAUUUUCCUUUAAAAUGUUUCUAAGAUUCUAAUAGCAGCACAGAUGGGUUCUAUUAUGUAAACAUUGAGAAAUGAUACAUGUAUUAUUAUAAAGGGAUACAAUGAUACAUUAUUGUUUAAAUAUUCUUUUCUAUUGUAAUACGUGUUGGUUAAAUGGGGGAAUACGUCACAUUGUACGUUUCCAACUGGGAUUUCACAAAAGGGGUUUAUUUACUCAAUUGUGAUUUUUGGAUGACAGACAUUGUUUAGGCACAAUAUCCUGAAUGGUAACAUUGUGGAAUGUCUCCGCUAUUUGACUUGACAUGUUUUUGUUCUCUUGUCCCCAAUUCCCAACACAGUUAAUUUGUGUGCUCUGUGCUGGUGUGACACCCUGUAUACAGCACUCAGAACCAGCCAUGUGAAUCCCUGUUUGUGGGUCAGUGUGCUGUGUCUGUGUGGUGGCAUGUGGUGUGGUACCAGCAGAGAUUAAACACACCAGCUACAUGUAAUCUGUUAGACAGCCGCCUCAUGCUGAGAUUGGAAACAACUGACUGGGAGCAGCUGUGUGCAUUCUCUGUCAGUACUGAGUGUCUGUGAGCAUUCUCUGUCAGUACUGAGUGUCUGUGGGCAUUCUCUGUCAGUACUGAGAGUGAGUGUCUCUAGGCAUUAUCUGUCAGCACUGAGAGUGAGUGUCUGUGGGUAUUCUCUGUCGGCACUGAGAGUGAUUGUCUGCAGGCAUUUUCUGUCAGCACUGUGUCUGUGGGCAUGAUCUGUCAGCACUAAGUGUGAGUGUCUGUAGGCAUUCGCUGUCAGCAUUGAGUGUCUGUAACAUUCUCUGUCAUUACGGAGUGUCUAGGACUGUGGGCAUUCUCUGUCAGCACUGAGUGUCUGUGGGCAUUCUCUGUCAGCAUUGAGUGUCUGUGGGUAUUCUCUGUCAGCACUGAGUGUCUGUGGGUAUUCUCUGUCAGCACUGAGUGUCAGUGGCCAUUAUCUGUCAGCACUGAGUGUGAGUGUCUGUGGACAUUAUCUGUCAGCACUGAGUGUGAGUGUGGACAUUCUCUGUCAGCACUGAGUGUCUGUGGGAAUUCUCUGUCAGCACUGAGUGUGAGUGUAUGUAGGCAUUCUCUGUCAGCACUGAGUGUCUGUGGGCAUUCUCUGUCAGCACUGACUGAGUGUGAGUGUCUGUGGGCAUUCUCUGUCAGCACUGAGUGUCUGUGGGCAUUAUCUGUCAGCACUGAGUGUGAGUGUCUCUAGGCAUUCUCUGUCCGCAAUGAGUAUCUGUGGGUAUUCCCUGUCAGCACUGAGUGUGAGUGUGUGUGGUCAUUGUGUGACUGCACUCACUGUGGUUAUAUAUGGGCUGCACUUCCUGUAAAUAGCUGGGGCCUGAGGGCACUUUGUGACUGCACUGACUGAGUGGCUCUGGUUAUCCUCAGAUGGCACAGACCAUGAAUGAAUUGAUAGUAUUCAGGCCCUGGUGUGAAGUUAGUGGGCGGAGUGUGAGCAAUAGAUUGCUAGCUUGAUACAUUUUAACUAGAGACCCACCCAGGCCAAUAGUCUUCAGUACUGAGGUGGUCAGUCUAGUAAAUGAAUAAAUUAUCUCUUCCCAGAGCCGGACUAGGUGGGCAGCAGAAUAGGACUUUCUCUAAUUGUACAAAAACACAGAAAACAGAAUCACCGAAAAUCACUCGUCUUUCUCAAGAAAACUCUUGCAAAAGUCCUCUAUGAUGGAAUGUCUCAUGUGACAUCAUGUAUUUACUAAAUUAUACCACAUAUACUAUAGACUGCUGUUGAAACAUGAAGCAAUCAAUUGGUGUGAUAUUGGGAAUAUUUCUUCAAAAAAACUACAGAAGCAGACUUUACAGAAAGUAAUAUUUCCGGUGGUCAUGGGGUAACUAAAGCAAAGCAGCAUGCUUUUCCCCAGCACCCCCAGAUUUUACAUCAGAAAAUCUGUUAUUAACUGCCCUACUCUGAACUGUAUCUGGUCAUUGGGUGCCUGAAGAUCCAAUGACUGGUGUAGCGAAUGUUGUACUUCCUGCUGCUCUGUGAUUGGCUGAUGUUGCCUAUACCAAUCAUAGCUCUGUAUGGUAUGGCCAAUGAACGUGCCUCUGACAAAGGCUUUACUACAUCUGUACCUCUGAAAAGCCAGAGAAGGCCACACUUUUUUGGGAGUACACUAAGGAUGGGCAAAGGUCUACCACUAGGCCCCCAACAUAAACAUGGGCCCAAGGCAGUUGACUAGGUUUUAUUGUGGGUAUUCUUGCCCUGUAUCUUCAACGUGCCUACUCUUCCAUUCCAUAUCCGUAUCUCCAAUCAUUGCUUCACACCUCUAUCAGCUCUAUUAUUAUUAUUUAUAACGCGCCAACAAAUUCCGUAGCGCUGUGCAAUAGGUGGAUUAAGAGACAUGAAUUUGCAACAAUAUGAGUUGGACACGCAGGACCAGGGGCUGUCGAGGGCCCUGCUCAAACAAGCUCUGCCCAAUGACCUCAUCCUUGCAUUUUAACUAUUUGAGCAUUAGAGUAAUGAACAUCACAUCGUGCCAUGCAUUGUUCACCUUAAGUCGCAUUUAGGUGAGGAUGGUGGCAUCAACGUCCAUGGUGAUGCCACUAUAUGUAUUUUGUUUCUUUAACACCGUGUCCUUUCAUCAAUAAUUAUUGUUUUCACAUUAUUUCAGGGCAUCCUGAUCACACCUUUAAAUGCAGACUCUCCCUGAAAUGAGAAAUGAAGUUUCACUAAAACUUUUAAAAAUAUUUAUAGAAUAUUUAUUUUAGUAACCACUGGGUGGCAGUGUUACCAUGUUUUAUUCUACAAUAAUCAACUUCACAUCUUCUAUUAUGAUUCUCUGUAAAGAAGGUGGUUGUCAAUCAUUUGAUUAAUACCAACUUCACUAUAAGUUUAUUAUUUGUACUGUUUAAUCUACCUUGCCACGAAAGGUUAAUCUCAAUAUAUAUUUUUAUAUUGAUUUGUCAUUUAGUGUAAAGGAACAUUAUAGGGUUAGGAACACCUACAUGUAUUCCAGAGCCUAGAGUGUUAAAAGUACCAUCUAACCCCCAGGCCCUCCCUUGACCCCCUAAAUAUAGUAUAAUCUUAAUUUUAUUCCAGUCUGCUGCUGCUGACUCUGCCCCUGUUCUGCCUGCUUGGCUGCAGUGUUGAUCUGAGCUAUACCAUAGGAAAGCAUAGGACAAGCCAAACACAGUGCUGGCCAAUCAGCAUCUCCUCAUAGAGAUGAAUUGAAUCAAUGCAUCUCUAUAAGGAAAGUUCAGUGUCUGCAUGCAGAGGGUGGAGACACGGAAUGUCAGUCACACUGUGCAGCACUGCCCCAGGAAGCAGCUCUAGUAGCCAUAUGGGGAGUGGCCAGUGGAGUUAUCACUGGGCUGUAGUAUAAACACUACAUUUUCUCUGAAAAGACAGGGUAUACAACAAAAAGCCUGAAGGGAAUGAUUAUACUCAGCAGAACAAAUACAAUAAACUGUAGUCGUUCUGAUGACUAUAGUGUCCCUUGAAGGAUCUCUAAAGUUAUCACUGGGAUAACUGCAUCAAAAAGGAGACUUUGGCACCACACUGCGAAUGACUACAUGUUUCUUACUGCUAAGCCAGCUAUAAACUCACGGAUACAAUUUUUGUUUUUGCCUUUAAAAAAAUAAAUCUCUAUGUUAUCCAAUGUAGUGCUAUAAUUACUCAGGAAGGACUGAUUCAGGAAGACAUACAAAACUGGAUUACAAUUAAACAUUUUACACAAUUCCCUCUGAGUUAAGGGUUUCUGACCUGCUAUUUGUUAAGUUACAUGUUUUCAUUGUCUUGGGCAGUAUGUUAAGAGUAAUGCCGCUCUGUAGAAUUAACUUGCCAGAGAAGGUCAGUCAGCUAAUUACUCAAGAAAGUUCUUUUACUAUUGAUUUAUAUAAUGCAGCACAUGAAUGCUACAUACAGUGCAAGGCAGCAUUCUACACAGUGAAGAAGUGACGUCUAUCCAGGAGAACAUGAUGGCUCUGGCAAUCCUGGAGGAAUGGCUUGGGGAGGGAUUUCACAGACGCCCCUAUAGGUCAAGGCAAUAAUUAAAACAUCUCUACCUGAUACACAGAAAGGUUUAUUAAUAAGAUAGAUGUGUAGUAGAUGAUAUUCCAAAUGGAAAACUGAAGAGAAAAUAUCUUAUCUGUAAAAACUAUUUCAACUCCGCUAUAGUCAUCAUAGCGUAGAUAUUUUAUCUUCGGUUUUGCCAUUUGGAUUGUUAGCUUCUACAACCAGAAGUUUAGCAGCAAAAUGCUAAUUACAAAAUUAUCCUUCCUCCUCUUGUGAAUAGGGCAUUGCCCUUCUUUAUUUGUUACAAUGUGACUGUGUCCUAUUCUUGCCUCUGUUCAACUCUGCAUAAUAUACGUUCAUUAUAAACAAUGAAUAACUAAUAGCAGCAGCAAAAUAAGGGGGUAUAGAGGGCUAAGUUCAAAGAAAGCUUAGCAGGCACUAUCCCACCUGUGCCUUCUCCGACAUGGUUCCCCUAGAAUGUUUCACUUGUGUCUCUGGAGAUGAGAGAACAGGUUUAGCCUAUACUAUCAACAAUCAGGCGUGGCAGAGAUAAUUAUGCAAAUAUGCAAAUUGACUGCUAUAAUGGAAAUGGAAUAUUUGGCCUCGAUCUAAUAAUCCUUACACUUGAUUCAAUACUGUUAGAACAACUUCCCAAACGGAAAGUCGAGUGCAGGACUGUGGAUUAUAUAUUUAUUUAUCUGACUUUCUCAAUGAUAGAAAUAGCGGUGUAGGUCCUCAUUCUCAGUGAUUCCGAGUAGCCUGGCAGAGCGCUCUGUGUAGACAGGAGACAUUCCUUCCAUGGAAUAUUGAUGGAUAGAGAGACCAGGCUUUGUCUUGUCCUGUGACCCACGGUUUGUACCAGUUAAAUCUAUCCUGUCCUUCCAUAACUAGCCUGUCGUUAGCCUCUCAUUAUGCCGUGUGAAUAAGGGACAGGCACCGUGUCUCAACAGCGUUCACAACACCAUACAAACCCACUGGUGGAAUUUCUGCCAAAACACAAAUAUUUACAUUUAAACAUUACGAAACAAUUACCACAGAUUCUGACAAAAUUAGUUCACUACUGGUUUAGCCCAGCAGGAGGAACUCUGUGUUAAGUGCUUUAGCUUUGGUCGGGAGGGGGGUGUAAACCAAUUGUUAUGGUGGAGAUUUUUUUUUUAAUAUUGGUUUUAGAGACUAUUGUUGGUUCACGAGAGUUCCUGGCAGCUCAUAUGUAGUGAAGCGGUUAAUAAUAUCAAGAUACUGUGUGUUUUUUAUUUUUAUGAAACGUGUGUAUGAGUACGUUAAAGCACCGUAAUGCAAAAUUCAAAUUCUUCAUCUUUUUAUUUAUUCAUUUAUUUAACAGAAAAUACCUCAAUCUGUGGCCGUUUGUCUUAAAUUAAAGCAGCACCAAAACUUGCUCAUCAUGACUCUGGCAGGUAAGUUACCCUUUCCGUUUGUUUACAAUUUUCUGCAUAAUAAAAUGUGAUCAACAUUGUGUGUCCCCUUUUUUUUUAAUAUAUGUUUAAUUUUAGUGACUAUUUACAAUUAUGGGCUUCCCUUCCCUUAGGCACAGUCAGAAUGCUAAUUGGAUUCCCUAGCUGUCUGAUUGGAUUGAUCACUAAAAGCCGACAAACCUAUAAUCAAAUGAUUCAGAAGGGGAAACGGCGAUGACCUAAGCUUUAUAUUAACAUUCUGACAUGGCUUCAAAAACAAAGCCCAUCAAAAUGAAUUCAAACAUUUACACAAACAAAAAAAACAUAAAAAUAGGACAUAGCCUCAUUUAUUGUGUCCUAAUACACAUGAUUAGUAAAAAAGAAAAAAACAGGGACUAAUGAAAGUAUUUCAAAAAUUGGGCAGACUAGAUGGGCCGAACGGGUUCUUAUCUGCCGUCACAUUCUAGGUUUCUAUGUUUCAUAUUUAGUUUGGAUUUGAUUUUAUGAUACAUUGUUUUUGUAAUUCUUUUUAUUCUAUUAACUUUCUACAAAAAAUGUCACACAAGACAUAUAAAUCGUUCUUAACUCUGCUAACUUAAAAUGUGAUCUUUGUGAAUACUUUACUUAUUAUUUUCAUUGACUCGACAAUAAAAGAGUUUAAAACUAAAAAUGGGAAAAAUUUAAAAAGCGGCAUUGGACAAAUCUGCUAAAACCCAUUCAGAGAAAGUGACAUUGCUUUAUUUUUCACCCACAGCCUACAAAGACAAGAUCAAGGAGCUCCCUCUAGUGUCUCUUUUCUGCUCCUGUUUUCUCUCUGAUCCUUUGAAAAACCAAAAUUACAAAUAUGACGGUAAGCAUGCAUCACUAACACAUUGAGGCACAUAAUUCCAUCAUUCUAUGUUAUAUUCUUCAUUAAUAGCCGUAAUUCCUGACACUCAGUGAAGGAUUUCCUUAUACCAAUAAUAAUGUAUUCAGAGACUCAUGUGUUGAUAUUUUUUCACAUAUUGAUAUUUUUUUUUAUUCAUUAUAUAUUUUUUGAUAUUAUAAUGCUACUUCGCCACUAUAAUAUAUUGGAAAAAAUAUUUUAAAAGUUUAUCAAAAAAUAUUUAAUUAUUUGCAAAGGUUACACGUUCUAUUUGACAAGUCACUUUUUCUCUAUGUAGUUGCCCGUUUCAUUGUACAUAUUGGUUACCAUUUUCUAUUCAUUUACCUAGUACUAUUUGCAAAGGUUAACCAACAAUAUUAAAUCAAGGCCUUUGUUCUUUAGUCUAUCUAACUGAUACAUACAUUACGCCAGAUUUCCCCAAUAACCAAAAUCAAUAUAAACGGCACAGAAAACUAGUCUUCACUACUUAAUUGUAAUCCUUAUUAAUAACAUAACUUUAACACAGAGCUUCAAUUAUUAAUCGUUAAAAUUAGUUAUUUUAAGAUAAUUUUUGUCUCGCAACCUAGAAAGACAUAACAUAGCAUUAUUUUUAGAUCAUUCGGAAAGACAUGUGAAAGUCCCCAAAAUUCUGCCAGAUAGUCUGUAUUAGGUAUAGUAAAAUAUUCUCUCCAAAAAGGCCAAACUCUAUUCUGCAAUGUACUCUAUAUUUAUCAUUUUACCACUUUACCGUAUAAUUUAUUUCAGUCUAUGUCAGAUUAAUGAGUAAUUAAAAUAUCCUGUUCUCAGACACUGUAGACCUUACAUGGUGUGUGAUCUCGGACAUGGAGGUCAUAGAAUUAAAUAAGAGAGCCUCUGGCCAUGCCUUUGAAGUUAUCCUUAAGCCCCCUUCAUUCGAUGGAAUUCCAGAGUUCAAUGCCUCUCUCCCACAACGGCGAGAUCCGUCUCUAGAAGAAAUCCAAAAGAAACUCGAAGCUGCUGAAGAAAGGCGCAAGGUAGGAGAUCUCCUUCCUCAAUAGAAAAAAAAAGGUCACGUCUCUAAUUCUUGGGCAGGACUCCAAAACCUUGCUGUGUGAGACCCCAGAGAUGUGGCCCCUGGCUUCUAUCUAGAAUAAUUUACAUACUGUGUUAAUCAUUAAAUCAGGGUAUUGGAAAGAUUCUUAGACACUGGGGAGGUCCGUUGAAGGAGUUUUCCAGAAUUUGUUUUAUAUUAUAAUUUUAAAAAAGGCUCCCUUUUGGUAAUUUUAAAUUUGAAAAAUUGGUUUCCAAUCUAAUACUAUGUAAGUAAUUUGGAUUACUCAACAAUAAGUUAAGAAUAUUUUUCUACAGAGCUGGUGAAAAAAAAAAAUGUGUUUACAUUUAUUAUACAUGGAAAAGUAAAAGUGACCUAUCUUGUUACUAAAUAUUCUAAAGUGAUUGGGAGUUAGUCAUGCACUAGCAUCAACAUGGAAAACAGAACAGUCCCAUCAAAUUCCAGUGGGGGGUAAAAUAAACAAAUAUCUAUUAUUAAAGUCUAUUUCAUAUUAUAUUUUUCAUAUAUAUAAAUAUUUCCUUUAGAGACUUAGAGAUUGCCUUUAGAGACGUAGAGAUUGUCUCAGUGUCUACUUCUGCUAUAGAUAUUUUCUUGCGAAAGAUUGCAUGAUACAACUGAAACUUAGAUCCUCCAUGAGAUAAACUGUCCAAUGUCUCUUAUAGUACCAAGAAGCUGAGCUUCUCAAGCACUUAGCCGAAAAGCGUGAACACGAGCGUGAAGUCAUUCAGAAAGCCAUCGAGGAGAACAACAACUUCAUCAAAAUGGCCAAGGAGAAACUAGCACAGAGAAUGGAGCUCAACAAGGAGAACCGUGAAGCCCACCUAGCCGCCAUGCUCGAACGCCUGCAGGAGAAGGUUAGUUAGAAGUGGUAAGAAUGCGUUCCUCUUAACUUUUUCCCCCCAUUCAAAUCCAAUUAAAAAAGAAAAUCACAAUGAAAGUGAAAGGAAGAAUUUCCAUAAAUCAUCUUUCCAAGGCAUCAUGACUCAAAGGAACAUGUGUCUAGAUGCAGAAAAUCUCCAAGAACAUUUAAUUAAUAUUAAAUAUAGUUGACCGAAGGAGAAGCUCUGCAAGAGAUGUGCAUAGUUCAUUGUAUAAAAGAAGGAAUUCUACAGUAUCAAUGUCUUACAGUGCUAUUUCACUAAUAAACUGGGCUCCAAAUGCAGACAGGAAGGUUCAGAGAAAUAGAGCUAUCUUUUCCAUUUCGCACUAUUACCGAGUUUAUGAAGGCUGUGGAGUUUUCAUUGACCACAGCUGUGGUACUUACUAUAUCUCGAUUGCUAGAAUCUAUAGCCGAGGUACUUAAGAUCAUAUCUACAACUAGGAUAUUUUGAGCCAGUACCUAUGUGAUAGGCUGUACAAUUAUCCUUUCUUCUAGCUGUGAUACAUAGUUUUAUUAGUUUUCACAGCAACAACACUUGGCUAAGUGGGCUGUGAUGUGGUUAUCACCCACAGAUGAGAUAUAUAUUCUAUUAGACAGUAACCCACUAUUAUAGCGAGAAGUAGUCAAGGAUACGGCCAUCAGAGGUUUCUGAUGACCCUUUUAUACUUUCCAUCAUGAGUUAAAGGGUUACUUCUGUGUAAAAUGCCCUAUUGGGAACUAUGGAUGAGGUCCCCCCACUCUGUUUGCAAUAAAAAAAAAAAAGGCUUUAACUUUCCUUGAAGCUCAUAGUGCUGACUUCCACACCUCGUCCUCAAGUCACAGGGGCCGCAUGCUCCUAGAGAAACCUGUGAGUGGACCAAGUGCCGGAUCAGAUCGCAUGUUAUUCCUACAAUGUGUGUGCACUGCGCCGAAGGGAGGCGGAGGAACGGUUUGCUUUUUUAAAACUGUCUGCAAUGGAGGGAGGCAGGAGGGUGCACCUACAGCGAGAGACAGUGGGAGAGGAGAGUUAGUUUUCCCUUUCAGGCAAUCUAUCAGUGCACACUCAUGACAGACAUAAAAUCUGCACAUAAUUCACAUUAGACAGCCCAGAACCAAUGUCACAUGUAAUGGGUGUGUAACUAGCCCCAAACAUACAAUUAGCAAUAUCUCAAUUUUUGCAGAGUUUCAAGCAGAAACAUUGCAUAUAAUAACUCCUACCAAAUCACUGAAGUGGUCAUGGUGGUUGAAGUAAUGCUUUAAGGCAUAUGCAUAUCUGUGGUUUUAUCUUUCUAUACGAACAUUGAGAAAAUGUAUAAUACAUACCUUCUGGGAUUCCCCCACAAAUGUCCCAUCCAUGGGGUACGUUUGGAUUUAUGUAUUCGGUGGGUAUUCUGAGACAGGACAUAUAACUCAUUGGUUGGUGUUUCAGGGUUUUAUAUCCUGCAAUCUGCUAUUUAUUGGACAUAUAUAACAAUAACAUUUUAUGUGCCAUGAAUUUGCCCAUUCUCACAUCCAAAUGUUAUAUUUUCUAACAUGUUGCAUUAAAGAGAGUGUUUAACGUGAGAUUCUGAUCCAGCAGUUCUCUCACUCCGAUACACUUACUGUGCUCUCACUGGCAAUGGGAGUAAUAGAACUCUGAUACCCUUCCUAUUGGCUCCCCUUACUGUGAAUGAAAUAUAUAUUCUCUAUUUACCUCUCUCGCUGGCAGGAAUUUCUGAUAUUUGUUUACUCAGGCAGUGGGUUAGUUACUUUCUAUAUAUACAUGUAAAUAGGUUUUUUAUUAUUUGUAACCAUAAAUGUUACUUGGGAAUGUUAUUCAGUGGAAAGUUUCUCUGAGCCUUCCUGAAUUUGGAAUCUAGUUAGUUUUGAAGGCUAGGUCUUGGAUAGGUCUAUUGGCACGAGACUAGUUUUAGCCUAGGUGCCUUAUAUACGCUCUGAGUAGGAGCUACUUCACAGAUAAACUGUUGAAUGUAGAUAGCACUCGUGUAACAAAAGACUCCGCUAUUGUAUGUCAAAUACCUGAAUAAUACUAUGCAACAUUAUUGUAACUGUGUUAUCAACAAUAACGCUUGUCUGUUUCUCCUCUCCAGGACAAACAUGCAGAGGAAGUCAGAAAAAACAAAGAGCUUAAGGAAGAAGCCUCCAGGUAGAAGAUUGGGGCUCUGACAAUUUGGACUGAGGACUCCAAAGGGCGCCUGAGCGGCCCAGCACAAUGUUUUGCUUUAUAUGUUUGUCAAUGUCAAGAGAUGACCCAUAAUUUUUUGGAAAAGGAUAUAAUGGUGGGUUGGUGUAAAGGGAGUGUUUGGCUAUCUCAUCCAAAACAUGUCCUAGAAAGUCGUACCCAUGAACCUAGCCUUUCGACCUAAUCUCCAUGUCAAACCAAGUACGAGCAGUUCAUUAAGAGCUGGCAAGACAGCUUCGCUCUGAUGGGAAACGCGCUUGUGGUUUUCUCCUCCUCUAGCGCAAGUGAACCAACUGUGCCCGAUAUCUGCUAUAGACAACGCUGUUAAAUGGCACUGAUUUUAUAUGUUUACCAUUAUCUCAUCAAUACACACCAUUUUCAGGUUAUCUUUCAGUUUCCGUGUUGUUCUUUAUAUAUCUCUUCAAAAUGUAUCAGAAUCCUUGGCUAAAAUAUCAUAAAUGUGUUUUGAGGGUAAAUGUGCUGCCAUUUAAGGUUUUCAGACUAUAAAACACAUUGAUUUACUAUGAAGAAUUCACUCA